UUUGCAAGGUGGAAAGGGUCUUGCUAAGGCACCAACAGAUGAGGCAUGGGAGGAAGCCACGGAAAUCCAUUUGAUGAAUAAUAAAUUUUCUGAGCUGCCAAGGGGUCCAAAUUGUCCCCAACUCUGUGCAUUGUUCUUACAAAAGAACCCUUUUUUGCGAGUUAUUCCUCCAUCGUUCUUUCAACGUAUGCCUAUGCUCCAAAUCCUAGACUUGUCCCAUACUAAAAUAAGGUCUUUACCACAAUCUCUUUAUGGAUUGUCGCAACUGCAAAGACUCUUUCUGAGAGGCUGUAAACUCUUCAUGGAGUUGCCACCUGAAGUCGGAGAACUUAGUAAUCUUAAGGUGCUUGAUCUCGAGGGGACUGAAAUCAUAAGGCUACCUAUGGAUGUUGGAAAAUUGACAAAUUUAACCUGCUUGAAAAUGUUGUUUUAUGGGGAUAAUGAAAACAAAAAAGAUAACCAAUACUCAAACAGAAUAAUUCCUCAGAGUGUGAUGUCCAAUCUAUCUCAAUUGGAAGAAUUAAUCAUAGAUGUGAAUCCCAAUGAUAAGCAAUGGAAUGCCAAUGUGAAAGAUAUUGUAGAGGAAGUGUGCAGCUUAAACCGGUUGGAGGCUCUUCAACUUUACUUUCCAGAAGUUUCACUUUUGAAUAACUUGAUGGAUGGAUCAUCAAUAAACCUCCUAGGAAUGCACUUUAGAUUUACUGUUGGUAAUCAUAUGAAGCGCAUAAUAUCUCGACUACCACUUGAAGCUGCAGUUAAAUUUGAAGAACAAGAAAGAUGCUUGAAAUAUGUGAAUGGUGAAGGUGUCCCAACUGAAAUUAAGGAGCUACUCCAGCUUGCUACUGCAUUGUUCCUGGAUCGCCAUUUAACUGCCACAAGUUGAUCUGAGUUUGGGAUUAAAAAUAUGGGGAAUCUAAAAUUUUGUGUACUAGGUGAAUGUGCUAAGAUUCAAACCAUUAUAGAUGCAUAUGAUGGAGGAGAUGUUGUACUUGGAUCACUAGAGUACUUGAAUCUUCAUUAUAUGAAGAAUUUAAGGAGCAUUUGGAAGGGGCCACUUAUAUUGGGUUCCCUAUCACAUCUAAAAGCUUUGGUGUUGUAUACAUGCCCCCAAUUGACUACCAUUUUUACUUUGAAUCUGUUUCCUAAACUCUAUGAGUUAGAGGAGCUUGUAGUUGAAGAUUGCCCCAAAAUUGAAAGCAUAGUAAUGACUCCUGAUCCUACUGCUACUGUACUAAUGUUGUGGAGGGGAAGUUAUUUAUUCCCAAAGUUGAGGAAGAUAUCACUUCAUUACAUGCCUAAACUGGUCAGCAUUUCCAAUGGUCUACACAUUUCACCAAGAUUAGAAUGGAUGAGCUUCUAUGAUUGUCCAAGCCUCAAAACUCUUUCCCCAGAGGAAGUUCACAGUAAUGAUUUGAAGGUGAUAAUAGGAGAGGCAAAAUGGUGGAGAGAAUUGAACUGGAACAAAUCAAAAUGGCUUCAGCCACCCAAUCUGGAUGCUAUCUUUCAUCCAAUUGAACAGGACACUUAUUUUGUUACACAUCUAGCAGAAAUUGACGAUCAACUUCAAGCUGGGAUGCAAGAAACAGAGCUUUCUCAACAGUCAGGUCCUGGUGACUCCCUGAAGGCUCCAGCAGUCGAGGAUGGAACAAGCUCAAAGCAGAAGCAAGUUGCUUAGCUUUACCUAUUCUGUACUAGUUAAGCUUGAGCUACAUCUUUAUCAGAAUCAGUCAUGUCAUUGAUCUUGCGGGCUACUUCAGCCCACAAAGCAUGCACCAAACUAGCCACCAUCUACGUCAAUCAAUC